AUGUUUUCGCCUUCGCGUUCCACCGGUGGUCCGGCCACGGCCACCCGCUCGCGACGUCGUCAGCGGCCCCUCAGCAGCGAGAUCGCCACCCAGCAACCCAAGGUCAAGCGUCAGCGUGUCCCUCUGACCGAGCAGACCUUUGCCGACCCCGAACCUCAGCAGCAGACUCAGCAGCCGGACCCCCAGCCGGGCCAGCCUCAGGAACAGCGGCAGCAGCAGCGACGCCAUCACGCACACAGCGAUUCGAUCGAGGUCAAGGCCGACAAGUCAUUUGGCUAUGACCAGAGGAGGAACAAUAACGAUGCUGAGAACCUCCAGCAGCAGCAGUCCACCGUGCGCCGCGAUCUCAGCGUGCGCGCCAAAAAAACCAAGCAUGGCGACCGUGCUGCCAACAAGGGCGACGGGAGCCUCGUCUUGACGAGUACCGAUGCCUACACUGUUAGCAAGCUGCCCGCCCUGCCCGAUAGGAUACGCUCCGACUGGUCAGCAGACCAACACGGCCAGAUCUCGUCCUCGUUCGGAUACGCCUUGACCCUGACCCCGACACACGCCAUCGUCUGGCCCUACACAUCGACAUCGCCAUCGCCCGAGACCUUCACCUUCACACUGCCGCCCACGUCGAAGCCCGCAGACCCCUUGCCGGUGGGAUGCCUCGUCUCCCCCUCGGCCGCGUCUACAGAGCCUGGCCUGGUCGUCGUCAUGGCCGCCACCGGAAGGGUCGUCUACUGGGAGUCGAUAUCCAGCGCCGCCACCUUUGCCUUCAUCAAGAAGGACCGCUCCGGCGUCGAGUACGCCGUCCCCGGCAUGACAUCUGGCGAGAGGGUCGUCGACAUCACCAGUGCCGAAUCGGCCGGUUUCGUCCUGACCUUUAACACUGGCCGUCUCGCCUACCUCAACGUGCGCGACAACCAUGGCCGCCCCGCCGUCUCGGCUCAGUUCUUGCGGUCUGGCCUGCCCACCACCACCAGCUUCCUUGGAAGCAUCCGUCACGCCUUUUCGCAUCUGUCUCUGCGCGGAGACAUUGCCGCCGUACGGGCCGACCGGGCUGCACGCAUCGGCGAGAAGAACAUCGUCGCUCUCGGCAGCAAGGGCAGAUUCCAGGCUUGGAAGAUCCACCGCGGUGGCCACAACGAAUCCCUCGGCGAAUUCGACAUGCGCGAUGAGAUUGUCUCGGCCCUCCGCGAAGCCGACCCCAAGAGCCACGACUUCACCGGCGAUUCCUUCGAGGCCCUCGACUUUACAUUCGUCCCCAAGGGCUUGGAGGCCAAGUACCUCGAGCUCAGCAGGCUCAGCCAGGCCAUGGCCAUCGACGAUCCCGCCCUCCAGCACCUCGUCGCCCUGGUUUCCCUGACGAGGAAGAGCACGUCGCGCUACGCCCUUGUCGAGGUCAUCCUCUCCCCCGACGGCUGCCAGGUCGGCAUGAUCCGUCCCAUCACAUCCUACACAACGCCAACCACCCGCUCCGACGUCUCGCAGACCAUGAGACCCCGACUUUACCUACCCCGACCCGCCCUCGUGGCCUUUGUCAUCUUCGACCGGGCUGCCGUUGUCGCGUCGGUAGCCGUGCCUCCGGAGUCCCCCGACUCGCAGCUGCAGGUGGACAACCACAUGGUCCCCUCUUCGUUCGAGGACGUUGUGGAUUUCCGAGAGGACCAGGUCCACGAGAUCCUCGGCUCUGGUUUUGAGGAGACGCCCUCGGUCUCAGCCGAUACCCGCAGUCGCCGCCAAAAGGCCCAGAACCCCGCCGCCGUGCUCCUCGUCCGCGGCGCCGGCGUCAUCCGCCUGGUCACGUCCGAUAUCGACAAGUUUGCCAGCGAGCAGGCCCCCUCGGUGACGGCCAAGAGCAAGCUGGAGCAGGCCGUCUUCUUCGGCGCCAAGCAGGACAACCCCCUGAUCUUCGGUCGCCGACAGGAGAUCAGGUUCCCCAGCGAAGAGGUCGGCCGCGCUGCCCUCGAGGUCAGCCACGAGAUCCUCAGCUCCACCACACACUACCUGUCGACACUGCCCGCACAUCUCGAGGACAACCUGCGGGCACGGUCGCAGGCCCUGAGCAGACUGGUGGACCACCUCCGCGUGACGGGCGCCAAGCUCAACCGGGCCACGCGCUGGGAGCUCCUCUUCAACGCCGAGAAGAUGCAUGUUGCCACCCUGCUGUGGAAGCGCCACGAGACCUUCACCGCGUCCCGCUCGACUGACGACAAGAAGAGUCUGGUGGGAUCCAUUGUCGAGUUCAUCCACGACGAUCAGAAGCACAAGCCCAGCGCCAGGGUCGGCCAGGUCGACCCGGUGCGCCACUGGUUCGUCAACGACAUCUUCCGCCUCGACAUCUUCGUCGCCUGGGCGUACGAGGUGAUCAAGGUACUCUACAGGGACCGUCUGCUGGACGAUGCCAAGGUGACGGUCAUGCUCCAAGAGGCCAUGCAGAUCGCGACGUGCACCCACGUCGCCGCCAUGGAGUUCCGCCGCGGCAACCUGCUGGCAUACGGGCUCGACGGCGAGGAGCUGCGCAACGGUGUCAUCGUCAGGGGCUACGAGGGUCUUCCCGAGCCCUGGACGGCCACCCACUACGUAGCCAACAACGCCCGCCGACUCGUCGACCUGGCUCAGCAGUGGAACGACAGCCACUUCGAGUCGAGGGGGCAGGAAGCCAGGACGCCCACCAUGCCGGACCCCAAGAUUCUGGAGAAGAUCUACCAGGACCUCCCGGCGCUCACCGACGGCAUGCUCACCUCCCUCCUCGAGCACGCCCGCUACGCACGGACCGCUACGACAGCCGAGGAGAGGCGCAUGGCGCACGAGUUCGCCAAAGCCUACCAGCUGGACCGGUACGAGCGGCCGCGGUACCUCGCGCGCAUCGGGCACUGGGAGCAGGCGGCGGCCAUGGCCAAGAAGCACGGGUGCCUGGACGGUCUGGCGGCCAUCCUGCUGGACCACACCGACAAGCUCGAGGCGGACAUCGCGCAGCCCGGGGCGACGCCGGCGGAGAAGCGCAGCGCCACGGCCAAGCGGGAGGCCAAGAAGCAGCAGAUCGAGGAUGACCUGGCCGAGUUCGGCGAGGAGUUCGCCUUCCCGCUGUACACGUUCUUGCUGGAGAAGAUCGGGGUGGGGGCGGUGCUCGAGUUCGAGCUCGACAAGCUGGGCUACAAGACCAAGUACCUGCGCAGCCGACCUGAGCUGGCCAAGAUAUCGUGGAUCAACGACGUCGAGGUGGAGCGGGACGUGGGGCGGGCGGCCGACACGCUGCUGGGGCUCGCCCUGAGCAAGGAGCAGCAGGUGUGGAACAGGAAGGUGGAGCUGAGCCUGGGCAAGCUGGCCCUCCUGGCCGAGGCGGAGGAGCAGACGGCGGACCCGGCGACCGCGGCGACCGCGAACCUCCUCAGGAUCAAGCCCGACGAGGUCCGGAGGGAGCAGUCCCUGGCGCGGGCGGACAAGGAGCUCACGGCCAUCAAGAUCCAGGAGCAGCUGCACGGGCACGUGGUGUCGAGCACGUACGGGGCCGUCGACGACGGCGCGGCCCUCAACUUCGCCAUGGACACCCACAGCACCAACAUCCCCCGCAGGCAAAAGGCCCUCUACCAGAUCUUCGAGGACGGCAUGAGGCGCCUCCUCGCCCACGAGGCCCUCGACGCCCUCACCCUCAUCGACCUCCUGACCUUGGUGCAUCUCAGGCCGGACGACGCGCCCAAGAACAACGGCAACCACAGCAACAACGGCGCAGGCGGCAUCGACGGCACCGUAACAGGCGGCCUGGUAGCCGACCCGUUCUGGCUGGCCCUGUGCGUCGCGGAGGCGUGCUGCAAGCCCCAGGAGCUCAGGGAGGUGAAGCGUCUGAUCUGGAGGAGGCUGCUCAUCAGGGAUGACUGGCCGCGCAUCAAUGAUACUCAGCUCAAGGAUGAUACCGAGGUUUCCCUCCGACUGGCUGAUACGACACUAUUUGCUGCUCUGGCGGAUUGUAUACGAUUCGAGGACCCACGCGAACCCUUCAGGCCUAUGCCACCUAACGAAGCCAAGGGCGCCUUCACAGACGCCCUGGACCGCCGUUUCGGCGACUUUGACGCCGACUUCCAAACCAAGCUCCGCGACGCCAUGAAGUGGGAGGACAAGAUGCUCACCCAGUACGUCGAGCGUAACAGGCUAUCCGAGUGGGUGAGGACUACAUAUGAGGCUGCUCAGGUAGAAGUGCAAAAUGGUGUCUAG